AUGUCGUCAACAUCGAGCCCCCAGGCCAAGAUUGAUACCCACCACCACUUCAUUCCAGAUUUCUACAGAAAAGCGGUCGAAAAUGCCGGCGGAGACCCCUCCGGCUUCCCAACACCACAAUGGACCCCCUCGUCCGAUCAAGCAGCCAUGCAGACAAACGGGAUAAGAACAUCCAUCCUAUCCAUAACAUCUCCAGGCCCCGUAAUCGCCGGCAGCGACGCAGCCGCACGCACUUUAGCCCGUCAAGCCAACGAAUACGCCGCGUCCCUGCGCGACAAGCACCCAGCCCAAUACGGCUUCUUCGCUGCCAUGCCCAACCUCCUCGACACGCAGGGCUCGCUCGCGGAAAUCAAAUACGCCUUCGACGUCCUCAACGCCGACGGCGUCACCCUUUUUACUAGAUACGGCGAGAAGAAUCAGUACCUCGGACAUCCCGAGUAUAUCCCCAUCUGGGAGGAGCUGGAUGCGCGCCGGGCAGUUGUCUUCAUCCACCCGACUCACCCUAUCGAUCCGCAUAGGGUGAACCACCUUUUCGCGCAGUCGACUGUGGACUAUCCGCAUGAGACGACUCGGGCGGCGGUGGAUUUGAUCUCGACGGGUACGAAGCGGAGGUUUUCGAAGUGUAAGGUGAUUCUAUCUCAUGCCGGUGGGACGCUGCCCUGGCUUAUUUCGAGGGUUACGCCCUCGCUACGCGAGGUGGAGGUUCCCGAGGGGAUCAAGUCUUAUGAAGAGUGGAUGGAGGAUUUUAGGUCUUUUUAUUUUGAUCUUGCGUUGUCGAGCUCGCCGUUGAUUUUGGCUGCGCUUUUGGCUGCUGUCCAGCAUGAUCGGAUUCUCUAUGGGUCUGACUCGCCGUAUGCACCGGCGGAUAAGAUUGCUCGCUUCAAGGUUGAUCUGGAUGAUUAUCCAUUGGAUGCAGGGCUCAGGGACAAGAUUUACUUCAAGAAUGCGCUGGCUAUAUUGCCCCGAUUGGCCCAGUAUUCUGCAUCUCAGUCUUAA